GGGAUUUAACAUGGCGGCCUCUACAGUCAAUGUUCUGCUAAGGACGGCAUUACCAAGGAUUGGCGCUUCCAGUCUCCAGUCCCCAGCAUGUGUUGGGCCGGUCUCAUACCAAAAGCCACGUGGGAGAUGUUACAGCUCAGUCCCAGCCCCUGCGGCACAGCAGCACCAGGAAACCAGCACCACUGAUUUUACUCAGAAGCUUUUUGCGGAUCCUUUAAAGCAUCCGGAUUUCUUCAAUGUAAAGGAACUUUUCUCCCUUCGAGAAUUAUUUGAUGCCCGAGUUCAUCUGGGACACAAGAAGGGAUGUCGCCAUAGGCUCAUGGAAUCCUACCUAUUUGGGUGCCGCUUGGAACAAGAUAUCAUAGACCUGGAUCAGACAAUGAGUCACCUACAGUUGGCACUAAACAUCACCGCACACAUUGCCUACCGGAAAGGCAUCAUCUUGUUUGUGAGUCGCAACCGGCAGUUCACCUAUCUGAUUGAGAGCACAGCCAAAGACUGUGGGGAAUAUGCGCACACACGCUACUGGCAAGGUGGGCUGCUCACUAACGCCCCUGUGCAAUACGGCGUCGGUGUCAGACUUCCGGACCUGAUCAUCUUCCUCAGCACCCUCAACAACGUAUUCGAGCAGCACAUGGCAAUCCGCGACGCAGCCAAGAUGAAUAUCCCGACCAUGGGGAUAGUUGAUACCAACUGCAACCCCAGCUUAAUCACUUACCCCAUCCCCGGGAACGACGACUCCCCGCCUGCCAUGGAACUCUAUUGUCGCCUCUUUAAAAUGACCAUCAACCGGGCAAAAGACAAGCGCAAACAGAUGGAGCUGCUACAGGGGCUGCAGAGUAAAAUCUCCGACGCGUAGCCUCGCCACUGUAAAGAAGGACUUUUUAUUUUGUUUUAUUUGUUUCAUUUAAAAAGUUUUUUGGGAUUUUUUGAAUAUUUUUGUUGUAAUAAAGCCGCCCCCAAAUAAAA